AUGGCCCGCUUCAACAUCCACCCCACAUGCCGUGUUGGUGAGCUCGCCAACAAGCAGGUCUUGGACCUCACGGCCAUGCUUUCUGAGAUGAAGAUUGAGAACGACCUGCGCCGAGAAGUCUUGAACAACAUCAAGCGGUUGAAAGAGACCGGAACCUACCGCGGUCGACGUCACGCGCUGGGUCUGCCCGUGAACGGACAACGGACCCGAACUCAAGUGAGUCUAUCUCUUUGCUGCACUACUAUGCUGCACAAAUCCGCAUUAAUAUACGGGAUGUGUUCUGGGAGACUCCGGCUAACAUGCUCGCAGAUCAAAACUCCUAUCCGCUUGAACCGCAUGGAGCGUCGGUUGUGA